AUGGUCAACUGGAAAUCUAUUGAAAACCAACAACGCCUCGUGGCAACCCUUCUGGCAGCAAAUCCAGGCCUAAAGCUCGAUUAUCCCAGGAUGGCUGCCAUUUUUGGCCAGGGCGCGACGUAUGAUACCAUUGAAUAUCAGUUCAGAAAAUACCGCAGACAGGCAGAGGAGCUUAAAAGAGAGGCUGCAAGACAAGGAGUAUCUUUGUCAGAAAUUCCACGUGGACGUGCCUCUGAACCUGUAUCUACCUCGACCACUCCAAGGACUCCUAGGACUGGUGGCCGCGGUGGGGUUAUUAAGCCUUCUUCAUCAACUGGAAAAGGCAAGGGUUUGGGUCUGGCGAGCACUCCAACCAAGCGCCGAUCUAAGAAGGAUACGAGUGGAAGCUUGAUUGAGGCAAUAUAUGUCGAUGACGACGAUGAUGAUGACUGCUGUGGAGAAGAGGAUUCUUCUGGCGUUAAGAUCAAGAGCGAGGGUACCAGUAGCUCGGUGCUUUCCAGCAUUGAGCCAUCAGUGUUUGGCCUGGCUGAUCGUAUCAAGACUGAUCGCCAGAGCGAGGAUCGCGACUUCAAAGUACACAGCGACAAUUGUUCUACAGCGGCUUCUCGAGCUACUUCUCGUACUGUGCGUGAACAAAUUAGGGCCCUUCAAAGGGACGUUGAUGGAGAUGAGGAGGUGGUAGCGACUCCAGUUUUCGACAGAACCACAAGGGAGGGUGCACCAACCCGUUCGCUAAGUUUAUCUCGUGGAGAUGCCGGGUACGAGACUGAUACUACCGAUGGGGUUGCAUAG